UUCUCUGGAGUGGUACAGCCCGCGAGAGAUGCCCAGUGCGCAGCACACGUGCUCGGGGGAGCGGGCAUGGGGCCGCUGCUGCUGCGGGUGCUGCGGGGUCGGCUCGGACUGCGAUGGCAACACCGCUCGACCUUUGAGGUGGCCAACGAGCCCAUCCUGGAGUUCAAGCUGGGCAGCCUGGAACGAGCCGCCCUGCAGAAGGCACUAAACGACUUGAAGGGCAAGACUGAGGCCAUUCCAUGCGUGGUCGGGGGACAGGAGGUGUGGACGUCUGACGUGAGGUACCAGUUGUCGCCAUACAACCACGCGCACAAGGUGGCCAAGUACUGCUACGCAGACAAGGACCUGAUUAACAAAGCCAUCAAUGCUGCCUUGGCUGUGCGGAGGGAGUGGGACCUCCGGCCCAUCCAGGACAGGGCACAGAUCUUCUUCAAGGCAGCUGACUUGCUGAGUGGCCCUAGGCGAGCAGAAGUGCUGGCAAAAACCAUGAUCGGGCAGGGCAAAACCAUCAUCCAGGCGGAAAUCGAUGCUGCGGCCGAGCUGAUCGAUUUCUUCCGGUUCAAUGCCAAGUAUGCGAUGGAGCUGGAGGAGGAGCAGCUCAUCAGCGUGCCUGUCAGCACCAACAGCAUGGUCUACCGGGGGCUGGAGGGCUUUGUGGCAGCUGUUUCUCCCUUCAACUUCACGGCAAUCGGUGGGAACCUGGCAGGGGCUCCGGCGUUGAUGGGCAACGUGGUGCUGUGGAAGCCCAGCGACACGGCCAUGCUGUCCAGUUACGCCGUGUAUAAGAUUCUGCUGGAGGCUGGCCUCCCGCCCAACGUCAUCCAGUUCGUCCCAGCCAAUGGGCCUGCGUUUGGAGACAUGGUCACGAGCUCCGAGCACUUUGCUGGGCUCAACUUCACGGGCAGCGUGCCGACCUUCAAGCGUCUUUGGAAGCAGGUGUCCGAGAACCUGGACCGGUACCGCACCUUCCCACGCCUGGCUGGAGAGUGCGGCGGGAAGAACUUCCACCUGGUGCACAGCUCGGCCGACGUGCCCACCGUGGUGAACGGGACCCUGCGCUCGGCCUUCGAGUAUGGUGGCCAGAAGUGCUCGGCCUGCUCCCGCCUCUACGUCCCCGACUUGCUGUGGCCCCAGAUCAAAGCGAAGCUGCUGGAGGAGCACGGGAAGAUCAAAGUGGGAGACCCAGCCGGGGACUUUGAGACAUUCUUCUCUGCGGUGAUCGAUGACAAGUCUUUUGCGCGGAUUAAGAAGUGGAUCCAGCAUGCCCAGACGUCGCCCAACCUCACCAUCUUGGCAGGCGGGAAGUGUGAUGACAAAGUCGGGUAUUUCAUUGAGCCGUGUAUCGUGGAAACCAAAGACCCGAAGGAUCCCAUCAUGAAAGAGGAAAUUUUUGGCCCAGUCCUGGCCGUCUACGUCUACCCGGAGAAGCAGUACAAGGAGAUCCUCCAGCUCAUCGACACCACGUCUCCCUAUGGCCUCACGGGGGCAGUGUUUGCCCAGGAUAAGAACGUCAUCCAGGAAGCGAGGAAGCUCCUGAGGAACGCGGCAGGCAACUUCUACAUCAACGAUAAGUCGACUGGCGCGGUUGUGGCCCAGCAGCCGUUUGGAGGGGCCCGCGCCUCGGGCACCAACGAUAAGCCCGGUGGUCGCCACUACAUACUGCGCUGGACGUCUCCUCAAGCCAUCAAGGAGACCCACGUGCCCCUGGAGGACUGGAAAUACUCGUACAUGCAGUGAUCCCUGUACGGCGCCGCCCCUGCUGGCAGCCGUCCGCCUCCUGACGCUGACGUGCAGAGUACUUAGACGCGACAGCUCUGAUGAGAUUUGAAGCAUUUAAUUUCUUUAACAAAAGUCUUUAAUUUGUCUUAGAUGAGGUUUUCCAGAUUGUUGCCCUGGAACCAGAGAAGCCCUUGUGAUUUCCUGAUCCUGAUGUAGACCCAAGAACAGGGUUUUUGCUUCCUGUGUUCUCUGCUCCCUUGAGCUGCAGUUUGUUCACGGUCCUCCAGCUGCUUUGGGGUGAGGCUUCUUAGCAAGGAAGAGGGGAAGCACUGCUGCGACCUCAAAACCUCUAGGCUGGAACGAGGAUGCAGCAGUCAGACCCAUGGGCACAGGGGAGCAGAAGGCAGCAAAAGAGGAGAAAUGCCCUUGAGAGAGCGAGAUCGUAAGUGAGGCCAGCUCUUACCUGCACCAAACAAAUCCACAAGCUUGCUCCUUCCCCUCUGAGCCCCAGGGAGCAUGAAGGAUGACACCUUUGAGGUGCUUUUGUCCAUUUCUGUCCCCUGCCUCUGGCCAACUCGGGACUGUCCCUCUAUUGAUCUUUUUUUUUUCCCCCAUCUAGUUUUAAGUGAGCCGGUGUCCGCUGCUGAAGCUGCGGAGCCAUCGCCUGAGCUACCAGGGGAGAGGGAGUGAACAUUGUAGGUAAUCAACCCUCUGCUCUCAGGGUUUAACGGCAAGGUCUUGCUUUGAAUUUCUUCAGCUGACCUUCCUCAUGCAGCAAGGAAUGAAUCCCAGCGGGGUCACCUGGCAGAGUUCAGAGUGCAGAUGUAUUUAGGGAGGUAAUGCAGUGAAAGCAAAGCUCAUGUCUCUUCUCUCCCCUCUCACAUUUUGUCUGCCUCUCGGGGCCCUCUCCGUUGCAGCUGGCUGCCUCAGGCUUCCCUUAGCCUCCUGUGAGAGAGUCCCGAUUUCUCACUGCUGUUAUCUGAGAAACAGUGGUGGGUAAUAUCAGGAAAAGGAUAGGGCACACUGAGAUGGAGCAGAGGCUGUUUUUGUGCAGGCUUCUGUAAUGCUUUGCUGCUAAACGGUGUACUUUGAAAGAACUUAUUGGCCAUACGUGUCACCUCAGCAGAGUUACUAGCUGUCCUCCCCUGACGCCAAGGGCAGGGAUUAGCCACACAUGCCUCCUUGCAGCUCCUUCAGCAACAGGUACACUCCAGGCUUGGUUUCUACCAGGACUUUGGCAGCUGCUUGAAGGCAAGACAGAAGUUUUAAGGGAAUUAGUUGAGCUCCUCUCUAAGCUAUUCCCAAAUGGGUGCAGAGGGCAUCUCCUCUUCCUUGGAGCAGGUCCUGCAUUAGCAACAGGUACCUGGGCAACAGCAGGAAUCUAUUUAAAAUUGGCAGCUUGGCAAUUUAAUUGAAAUACUUGAGUUCAUUGUGCCUUAGCCCAGAUCUUUUGCACGGUUCAGUGAACUUUGUGCACUGGGCACUACUGGCUGUGUAUCACUAGUGAAAGAUCAGCUUGCUUAUUCUGAUCCGUCUAGUCCUACAUGGCCCACAACUGCUGUAACCUACAGAUAUAGCAUUGCAAACUCAACACCCAACUGAAGGGGUGUCCACAUUUUCUCACCCUCGGUGAGUCACCAGGAGUGGACCCCCUGAUUGCAUUUCUAGCAGAGAGCAUUACUUCGGUGGCCAGCCCUUACCCUCCAUUAGUCCAUAACUCAGAGCUGUUUAAGUAGUGGACUGUCACAGUCCUCCCCAUCUCAGACCAUUCUUGUUGCUACUGAUCAUGACUGGGGCUAAAUGUUGACCUCUGCUGUGCCUCUGCUCGUGGUUUGCUUUCAGGUCAGUCCGUCAAGUCAGUGUCUGCUGUCUCGCACAAUUCAGUACCUGAGGGAUGUGAAAAUUUAGUAGCACGCUUCUCUAAAAGACUAUUGCCAAAGCAAAAAAGGCUUCCUUAAGAGGUCACUAGCACUUUCUGGUUCUAACUGUGUCAAGGGGCUUGCUGUAUUAGGCUCUAACUGUACAAAUCUUGUGGAAUCCACUGUUGUAGGUUAAGCCUAGAAAUCAGAGAGACAGAGUCAGGUUAUCUGUCCACCUUCUAGCUGUUUGUGACAUUACGCAAGGUCAGCCUGCCAGCACUGAUCUGUGGCAACACAAUAUUGCAGCCAGGCACCACCUAGAAUGUCUUUGUAUAGUUAAUGCGGAGAGGUAGCGAUAGAUUCAGCCAGCACCUUCGUGCUGCAUAUCCGUCCACAGGGUCUGAGACAAUCCUGGGGUAAAUUUGUUUUAACUCUGCCAGGGAGAGUAAGUGCUCUCUCCUCCUGUGCCAAGAGCCAAGUGGCUCAAUCCUCCCAGCUGUUACCUGCCCCUCCAGCCCCUCCUCUAGAUCUUUUUAACCCCUCAGGGACUAUGGGUGGCUACUGCUCUACCCUGAACCCCGAAUGAUGCUGCAGCCCCACAGUGUGCCUGCUGCUCCCUGCCAUGGUGAGUCCCAGCCUUAUCCUUACCCACUUGAGCUGUCUUUUGUCAAGGUAGCUCUGCAGUCCCGAGGCAGCAUCUUCCUGUGGCACUGUCUAUGGCUUUCCCUUUGGUGCAUAUAGUAGAAGCCUGUGAUCUGGGCUUUUUAGUUCCUAACAAAGAUCAGCCACCUUUCUUUUCAAGAGACUGCUUUUGGAAAGCUUUCACGCGCUUAACUUUCUUGAACUAAACCAAUUGCUCCUUGCUUAAAAGGAUGAAAACCAAGGACAGUCACUAGAAGCUGCCCUAUCACUGAACGAGUCACCAUUAAGUCCCACUUGCCUUUGAACCCCAAACCCAAAUAGAUAUAAACUCAAAGGAGGAGAUGGCAUAAAAGCUCUGCAAAUAUAAAGAGGUGGUGCUCAUGGCUGGAAUAAGCAAGCAACACCUUGUAUAUGCCCAGGUAUAUUGCUGUGGUAGCCAAGUCCCAGACAGACAAGGAACUAUUGGUUUUUGUUUUGCUCAGCCAUGAGCUUUCUUUUCCCAAUACAGCACGGCUGGUGAGAAUUGGUCCCCAUUCUCCUGUGCAAUAGUAAAAGUUAAUAUUGUGUUAAAAGCAUGGCUCCAGUUAGCCUGGUAGCACUGUCUGCCUUUGACAAGUGCCAGUUUUGCCUGCUCUAUGAUGGAAAAAGCAGAGCACAGAACAUCAUUUUCAUGCACUUGUUAAAUGGAGAUGGAGCUCAAGAGUUGGCUGCUUUCCUUUUACUGAAGAUUUGAACGCUGUUUACACGCGAGCACACUGUUGCUCAUGGUAGUGCACGCCUGCGGUAGGGCUCACCUGGAGCGCAGUGUGUGCAGAGUAGCUCUGAGCUGGCAGAGAGCUGAGAGGGGACUAGGUUUUCCAUAGGGAAAGGACAUCCGUGUCCUGAGUCGCUGCUUCAGCUGGCCUCAAGGGUCAACGGCUGCAAUCCACUGGAUGCCAAAGGGGUCGAGUUGGUCAACAUUUGUGGCAUGUCAGCUCACCAAUUUGAAUGACGUGUGGGGUUUCCAAUGGGAAAAGCUGCUGCGGUGCGACCUGAUGAAGAAAGUCCAGUUAUUGUUGGAUGAGAAUAAGGCUCACGUUGCUGUAGUUACUGCUAAUAAAGGUUUAGAAAAGC